AUGGCUGCCACUAAUCACACCUUCCAUCCAGCUGUUUUCCUCCUUUGGGGCAUCUCAGGUCUAGAGGAACUGCACAUCUGGAUCUCCAUCCCCUUCUGCACCAUGUAUGUAGUGGCCCUUGGAGGUAACUCCUUGUUGAUCAUAUUUAUCUGUAUGGAGCACAGUCUACAUGAACCCAUGUACCUCUUCCUGGCCAUGUUGUCCCUGUCGGACCUUUUGCUCUCCACUGCUAUCAUGCCCAAGAUGUUGGCCAUUUUUUGGUUUGAAGACAGAGUCAUUUCUUUCCAGGACUGCAUCACUCAGAUGUUCUCUGUCAUCGCCAUCUUUGUCAUGGAGUCAACAGUUCUUCUGGCCAUGGCAUUUGACCGCUAUGUGGCCAUCUGCUAUCCAUUGAGAUAUACCAUGAUUCUGUCCCCCUCUGUGAUCAGGAAAAUAGCGGGAUUUUCUCUGGCCAGAGGACUGCUCAUCACUUCCCCUUUCAUCUUCCUAGUUGAGCAGCUGCCAUUUUGUGGAAAUAACAUAAUUACCAAUACUUACUGUGAACUUCCUAAAAUUUCCAGACUGGCCUGUGCAGAUAUCACAGCCAUUAACAUUUAUACACUAGUGUUGUCCUUCUUGUCCACGGGUUUAGACGUCAUCCUCAUCUCCAUCUCAUACACUUUUAUUCUCCAAGCUGUCUUCAGACUCCCAUCCCGUGAUGCCCAACUCAAGGCCCUGGGCACCUGCAGUUCACAUGUCUGUGUCAUCCUCAUGUUCUACAUACCAGCCUACCUGACAGUGUUGAUCAGCCACAUUCAGUAUGGGAUCCUGCUGACUAAUCUCUAUGUGGUUGUACCCCCUGCACUGAACCCCAUUAUAUAUGGUGUCAGGACUAAACAAAUCCGGGAUCACAUCAUACGCAGGUUCUCCCAAUUGGGCAGGGCAUGCUUUGCUGGAGAUGUCAGGAAUAAUUGA